CAAAGCUUUGAUGCAGAAUAAUCAUUAAAUGCUCAUUAGAGAGAAACAUUUAGUUUAUGAAUAAUGCAUUUGCCCGGUGGCAAACCCAGACCACCCUGCAUCAUGUCAUGUAAUAGCGGCCAAGUUUACAAUCUCCCACCGCUCACAUUAGCUUAGAUAAUUUCCACCAGUCGAGUAACUCCAGUGGAGUUAGGCUUAUUGUUUCCAGAAAUGUCACAGAAAACGGUUUCUCGGUACCACAUUCCGUGCUUGUGUUGCAGUUUUCACAGUGUGUAAUUAGUGCAUUGUUUUUCAUUUAAAACCAAGGCAUGUUAGUAUAACUCUGUGCACACAUUGUGUUUUUAUAGAAGAUGAAGUGCUGUCAGGCAAACGCUAUGUGUGGCCUUUUGCAGCAGGUUGCGUAUCCCCAAACCCCCAGUUCCUUGUGAGUUUAAGUUCCAAAUCCAAAAUGAGCACUGUUGGGACUGAGGAUUUGUUUCAUUUAAAAGGUGACAAUGUUAGCUGUGUUCAUUCACCUGUGGUGCAGUGUGUCUACCACUCAUAAAGAUGUCAAAACAUUUACAUUAUCACCCAAAUGAUCCUCUACAUGACACUCGAUUGUCUUUUUCAUUGGAAGGACUAGAAAUCAGUCAGUGGGUGAUUUACCAAUAAGGGCCCAAAUUGAAAGCGCGUGUGCGCACGCGUGUGUGCGUGCGAGAGCGCGCACGUGCUUAAAAUAAUGCGCCACGCUUCAGUGCGCUCUCUGAAGGGGAUAAGUGGGAGUGGGAGAGCACAGAGACGACAGUGCGGAGGAAGAUUCAGUCGGAUAAGUAACCCGUUACCGACACAACGAGAGGGCUUCUUAUCCGAGGUCCACUGCACCUGCUGCGACUCGCUGCCACACGGCACAAACAUCCUCAUCCAUGUCCGGCGGUUUAACGAUGGACCACACUUUCCUGUCUCGGUCCAUCUGGACCGGGGACAGUAAAUUCCUCCAGCAUCCAGCGGAUCUCUACACCAGCGUGGUCGUUACGCGCAGCAUCCCUGCAGGCACGUGCUUUGGUCCCUGCGUGCUCCAAAACACUUUCUACGACACCAUCGCCUUCAUAGCGCAGAAAUCCUGGGAUAAAAGAGCGAAAUCCUAUGUAUUCAGAGUCGACCCCGAGGCCAUGCGUAAUUCUGCCCUGGUGCUGUCCUGGUUGCGGCUCGUGCAGGCUGCGCGCAAUGGAGAGGAGCAGAACACAGAGGCUUUUCUGAAAGCGGGUCAGCUGUAUGUGCGGGCCACCCGGGACAUCAGGCAGGAGGAAGAGCUGCUGGUUUGGUACGACCAGGAGCUGUCACACCUGCUGGGCUUCACAGACAUGACCAAAGGAUCAAAAGACGAAUUCAGAUGUGGACGAUGCAACCAGGUCUUCAAAAAUGAGUAUCCCUUUCUUGCUCACUGUCGAUUCCUCUGCACUCAAGUGAGGAGUGACACAUGGAGCCGCGAGAUCUACGAGCACAAGCAUGCGGAAAUAAAGAGGACGCGCAGGGUGACAGAUUUCCACAACAUCGCCAGAGAUUUGGAGCACAAAAAAUCCAGCAGCAGCAGCAACGAGGACGCAGAGAUUUCCCCCAAGAGAAGGAAAUACGAGGAAGCUUUUUACCCCAAAUGGAGAAAAACUGUACUGUUAGAAAAAACUAAUAUCUCAAAUGAUGAUAAUAUUACCCCGCUGAUCAAGUGCACCGACCAGGCAGCGGGAGGUGCAUCUUCUGAGGGGAAACUGAAAGCUGACAGGAUCAAACUGGAUCAUCUGGGAUGUAAAAGUGACGAUUUUGAUCCAGCUGUGGAAGCCAAUGUAGCUUUUACACGCGGCGGAGAGAUGGACGCACGCACGGAGAAAGGAGAAAGCUCCGGGGUGCAUUCAAGCAGCAACAGUGCAUUCUCUCCUGUCCUCUCCAACAGCCGGGGUGAGCAGAAAAGCGCCUUUUGUAAACCCAGUAAAAGAACUUCUCCUGCUGAGCCCCAGGCCCAUCUGAGCAGCGCUCCAACAGCCCCCUCUAGCCGCCUGGAGGAGAUGACCGGUGCGUUCACCUCCAGAGCCGCAAUGGGAUACAGCAAUCUGAUGGCAUCCAACAUCCUGAGCCGUGAUUUACAGACUGCACCCUCCCCGGUUGCAUUAAACAAUGCGUUCCAUUACGCACCGGAGCACUGGUCCAGAAACAUAGGCGCCAAGCUGCAGACCACGUCUUCACUCACGAUCCUCCCGCCGACGUUCACCUCAUUCGGCGUGUCGGUGCAGAACUGGUGCGCCAAAUGCAACCUGUCCUUCCGCAUGACCUCGGACCUCGUUUUCCACAUGCGGUCUCAUCACAAAAAGGAGUUCGCGGCGGAGUCUCAGGUGCGGAGGAGGAGGGAGGAGAAACUUUCCUGCCCGAUCUGCCACGAAUACUUCCGAGAGCGGCAUCACCUGUCCAGACACAUGACGUCUCACAACUGAGACAAGAAGGGACAAAAAGAACUCUAUUUAUUUCCCGAAUAAUGCUCGUAUUUAACAAGCUUAGACUUCACGGCGAGACUUUGGUGUAACACGUUGAAUGUAGGUAGCUGUAAAAUAGCAAAAUGGACACACAUAGCCAUCACCGUCUGUCCACUAGGUGACGAUAGAGCUACGCGUGAACUGAUCUCGCUGCAGUUUGCUGUCUGUCCUUUAGCCCCUGUAUGUUAAGUUGAUGAUUAUUUUGUGCCUUAUGGAACUCAGGAUGGAAAACCACGGAGAGAUCCGGAGGACAGCUCACGAUUGUCACAAGCAUCUCAACGCAGUUAUUUAUCAGCUUUUCUCUGCUCUUAUUUGUACAGAAGACGUGGAUUGAGUGUGUUUGCACAUUCGCUUUGAAAUUUAAAGUGAUGAAAGUAAA